UUGAAGAUGAUAUUAUGUCGUUACUAGCUAUUUAACAAUUAAUAGAAAUUGAAUUGAAUAUGGCUUGGUUACAAAAUUUAGCUGGUCGGGCAGAAGAUUUGUUGAAUAAAAUAGAUCAGAACGCAGCAACAGUUUUAAACGAACCUAAUCAGAAAAUCAGUGAUACAGAGAAUAUCCUUGUACAAGAGCCUGUUAGAGACUUCAUAGUCAAUAGGCAAUAUGAUGGAAGACAAAAUAAUGAAGAAAGCCAUAUUCUUGCUAGUUCAGUAAUUACCAGUUUGAACUCUCAAAAUUCACCAUUCAGUGAGAAAGAUGUUCAAGAGAAACCGGAAGACUUGGAUAGUGAAAUAGUUUCACUUGAUGAACAGAGCAAAGAUAGUAGUGUGUAUGAAGAGAGCAUACAUGAUGCAUCACUCAAGAUUCUGCUAAAAAGUGACAAACUGUCAUCAUCAAGUUCUUUGCAUAACAGCUUCAUUUCAGCUGAAGAGUCCCAACAUCUGCAAGACAGAAUAGCCAAAUUAGAAUUUGAAAAUCAAGAUCUAAACAAACAGCUACUGAAUUUGACCCAUGUUUAUUCUGAGCAAAGAAAUGAAAAUGCUAAUCUUCAGUUCCAAGUCGAAAGAGCUAAUGAACAGCUUGCUGAAGCUCAUUUAGAGAAACACCAGUAUAUAGCUAGAGCUCAGAAAAUUCUGCAAGACAAAGAGAAGCUAAUCUCUUUGAAGCAAGACAAUAAUAUUGAUCAGGAGACUAAAGAUGUAUUUGCCAUCUACAAUGAAGAGUUGAAGAGAGAACUUGAAUUCCACCAAACCAAAUGUGAGGAACAAGCUCAGAAAAAUAUGCAACUAUUGAAGGAAUUCCAGUCACUACAAAUGCAACAUCAAGUCAUUCAGAAUGGUUUGCAAACAACUAUUCAAACUUUGGAAUACAGUCUUGUUAAUGAAAACAAAUUCAGAACUAUUGCUGAAGAAGACUGCCUACAAAAAAAUAAAGAAUUACUUGAAAGAAAUCAAGAGUUCUCCCAAGUACAAGAUUUGUUAAGAGUGAAAGACUAUGAAAUCCAUAAGUUGAAAGAAGCUCUAAGACAUAAGGGGACUCCCAGUUUUAAUGAGGAUAUUGAAUCAAGAAUUAAAUCACUCACUCAUACACUAAUGGUGAAACAAAAUGCUCUUGAAACUGUCACAACUGAAAGAAAUGCACUGAAACUGCAGUUUGAGAAAUUAGAGAGUGAAUUUAAAAAAAAUCUAGUACAGUUACAAAGAUUCCAGGUGAAAGUUGUGAAUGUAGAAGAACAGGAUGAUUCUGUUCCCUUACCAAAGUUUAUGAGGGUGUCCCCAUUUGAUGCUGGUGUUACUAGAAGAGUAAAAAGAGCAUAUUCUACUUUAGAUGCAGUUAGCAUUAGAACAGGAAUUUUUUUGAGGCGAUAUCCUGUUGCAAGGGUGUUUGUUUUCUGUUAUAUGGUACUCCUCCAUAUAUGGGUGCUCAUCAUUCUAUUCUGGUAUGCUCCAAAUAAUCAUUAAUAGUGAACUAUUAUCUAAAUUGAAGAAUUCAACUUCAGAUUGAAACAGACUUGAGAUGUACUUUAAUACAAAGAAUAUUGUUAUUAUAAAUAUAUAUAUUGUUUUUAUAAAAAAAAUAUCAGUUUCCUCAUC